CUCGUAGAGCUGCUUUUAAGAGCGCAGUAGAAGUGUUUCUGGACAGCCGUGCCAGGCCGGGAGACCCACUAGGACUGCAGACAGUGCGCUACUCUGCUGAACGCUGCACCGACGCCCUGCACCUGCCGCCUGCUUGCCGAUCGCACAUCCUCAGCACAGGGGCUCCCCCGCCGCUCCCGGUGGACUCACCCGGGAUCCGCCUGGUGAAGUCCCGCCACGCCUCCGCAACCUCCAGCGGCUGUGGCCGGAGACUACCUUUCCCAGCAUGCCGCGCGGGAGGGACCAUACCAUGUGCGCGGCGGAGGGGCGGCGGGCGGCUGAGCGCGCGGGAGUUGAAGUGCCGCUGUGCCGGCAGGGCGCAGGGUUCAUCAGUCAUGGCACGAAGGGUCUUGAAACUUACCUCAUUGGUAGCAGCUGCUUCUGGCAUCUAUCUGUAUGGAAACAAGUUCCUGGAUCCCAAUGAUUUUGGAGUUGUUCGUGUGGGCCGAGCCAUUGCCACAACAGCAAUUAUCAGCUACGACUACCUCACCUCCCUUCGGAGUGUCCCAUACGGAUCAGAGGAGUAUGACUUCCUCAAAUCACAGGUGCACCUGCGCUCUGCUGAGCGCCUCCGUGAGCUGUGCUGCGCCAACCGAGGCACCUUCAUCAAGGUGGGACAGCACCUGGGAGCACUUGACUACCUGCUGCCUGAGGAGUACACUCGCACCCUCAAAGUGCUGCACAGCCAAGCCCCACAGAGCAGCAGGCAGGAGAUUGAGCAAGUUAUCCGUGAGGAUCUGGGCAAAGAGAUAGAAGAGCUCUUCAUGAGUUUCGAGGACACUCCUUUGGGAGCAGCAUCACUAGCCCAGGUGCACAAGGCAGUUCUGCAGGAUGGAAGAACGGUGGCAGUGAAAAUCCAGCACCCAAAGGUCCAAGCUCAGAGCUCCAAGGAUAUUUUGCUUAUGGAGGUUCUCCUCUUGGUUGUAAAGCAGAUCUUUCCAGAUUUUGAGUUCAUGUGGCUGGUGGAAGAAGCUAAGAAGAAUCUGCCCUUGGAGCUGGAUUUCCUCAAUGAAGGCAGAAAUGCUGAGAAAGUUGCUCAUAUGCUCAAGAAUUUUGACUUCCUGAAGGUCCCCAGGAUCUACUGGGAGCUCUCAUCAAGGCGUGUCCUUCUCAUGGAAUUUAUGGAAGGGGGACAAGUGAAUGACAGGGCCUACAUGGAGAGGAAUGGCAUCAAUGUCAAUGAGAUCUCUCGAAACUUGGGGAAGCUCUACAGUGAGAUGAUCUUUGUGAAUGGCUUUGUGCACUGUGACCCACACCCAGGCAAUGUGCUAGUGAAGAAGUGCCCAACCUCUGGCAAGGCUCACAUUAUCCUUCUGGACCAUGGACUCUACCAGGUGCUGAGUGAGUCGUUCCGCGUGGACUACUGCCGACUUUGGCAGGCCCUCAUCAAGGCUGAUAUGAAGAGGGUGCAGAAGUACAGCCGGCGGCUUGGGGCAGGGGAUUUGUACCCUCUCUUUGCCUGCAUGCUGACUGCCAGGUCCUGGGAGUCUGUCAACAGGGGCAUCGACCGGUCACCAGUCUCAGCCAGCGAGGACGUGGAGAUACGGUCCAAUGCUGCUGCUUACCUACCCCAGAUCACGCAGCUCCUCAACAAUGUACCCCGCCAGAUGCUGCUGCUUCUGAAGACCAAUGACUUACUACGGGGGAUUGAGUCAGCCCUGCACACGCGGGCCAGUGCCAGCUCCUUCCUCAACAUGUCUCGCUGCUGCAUCAGAGCCGUUGCCACGUACCAGAGGAGCAAGAGUCACUCACUUUACAGGAGAGCCCAGAUCUCACUCACAGAGUCCCUGAGCCUGUGGCAGAUCAAUUUGUAUGAACUCUUCCUGUGGCUGAAGGGGUCCCAGCUGGGGAAGCUGCUCAUUACUGUCCUGAGCCGGAUGCGCCAUUCCACGUACUGACAUGAACUGUGUUCUGCUUGCCAUGGCACAUUUGCCUUUCUAACUGUGUCUGUCUAUUCUGUGGCUUGUUUUGGUGUCUUGUUCCACAUUACAGGGUGCACUGUCCUUACCUGAUGCAGCACAGCUUUCUCUGUAGCGCUGAAAGGUCAAGUUCGUCCUGGAGCUCUGCCACUUUAUGACUCAGGAAAAGGAGGUGAGGGACACCAUGUGUCAGGAAGAACAGAGAAUUUUCUUUGCCCUUAUGAGCAGGACAAAUUCUACUCAGAUUCCAGUGGGACAGCACUGGGAGCAAAAAUCUCUCCUUAAAGAAUUGUACAAAAUUUAAGAGAAUCUCAACCUUGCCUAGAAUGCCUGAAAACAUUUCUCAAACCCUUACAGAGAGGUGAAAAGUCCCUUAAAAAUCCAACAGGCUUUAUACUGGUUUUAGCAAUCUCCUUUAGUCUGAUUUCUGUUCAGGUGUUCAGGGCUCUGAAACUUCUGGUAAUAAUGUAUAUGACUGUACAGUGCUGCCAUACAGCAAAAUAAAUGUGUUGGCUCCUAAGAGUUUUGGGAGAUGUAUCGUGGUCAGCCUAAAUAGGCCAAAACAGGCCAAAAGAGGCUUAUACAUGUCGUGGCUUGUCCAGACACGUUCUUCUGGUUGCCUUCUCUGUUUUGGGGAGAAGCAACCACAGGAAAGAGGACAAAGAACCUGGAGCCACUGAGUCUAAGUACCCUGGCCUGCUCAGACUUGUUUUGCUCUUAUUUACAUCCUGUGGCAAACAAGAUACAGAUACUUGGCUUGUGCCUGCCUCAUGCAAGGCCUUUGUUUUUCCCAAAUUUAUGUAAAGUAAGCCUAUGGCUUCACCUAAUAUGGUCAAGCUUGGCUAUCUGCCAUUCUGACUACUCUGUGUCCAAAGGCCCAUUAGCCUUGGGCUGUAUUAAUAAAAAGAGAUGAGCAGGUAACACAACAUGCUCUGCUGUUGUAUUUGUGCUUGCCUGCUUCUGCCUGAUACUAUUGCUCUCUACUUCUGGCAGUGUUCUGUCUCACUGCCUUAUUGCACCCAGAACUGCCUGGAAACUGCCUGCUUCAAGUUUACCAGGAACAGGCUCCAGAUGCCUCCAUGCGAUAGGCCUGCAUAGCCAGCGUGACAUCCGUGCUAAGACUGCAGACAUCCUGCCUACACCUGCCAAGAUGAGGAGCCCUGAAGACACAGAUCAUCCAGAGAAAUCAGGAUAAGGUCAGAACUUGUCUGUCUCCUUUCUUCAGCAGCCUGGGAAGACUCAGAAGCCUCAGUGGCUGACAAAACACUGACAAGACUCCUUGAAAACAUUUGGGUACUGUCUGAAGCUGUAGCUAGCCCUGCAAGUUAGGAGAUAAUUUUUGUGAGUAUAUACUUAAAGCCUCUUGUAAUUCACCAAUUGCCUUCUGCCAUAAGCAGAAAGGAGCUCCUUGAGUGCAUAUAGUGGACAAGUGGUAUAAUUAACAAGUGGUGUACUGACUGCAAGAACUUCUUCUAGUUCAAUUGAGUUAAUGUUUCUAUAUUUUUGCUAGUUAUUUCUUAAGUGUUCUGGAUCCUAAGUUGUCAUCUAUAUCAUGUUUCUAUGACUGUUGCCAGAGAACCUGACUAUUAUUAAAAUUAGUGGUUGGGGGGCUGAGACUCCUAAAUACCAAAAUGAAUAAACAAUAUUAAUUUGGAAAA